UAAAAAAAUAAGUUAGUCUGAUUUUUGUGUUUCUAAAUCGUGUAGUCACUCUGGGAAGCUAACAGACGUUCAUAAGAGCUUAGAAGAAGUGGAGUUGUUAAGGUUUAGUAAAUAGGAAUAUACAACAAUACCGUCACAAUGUCUAUUAUGUCUUAUAAUGGAGGGGCUGUUAUGGCCAUGAGGGGGAAGAACUGUGUGGCGAUAGCAGCAGACCGGAGAUUUGGUGUUCAGGCUCAGAUGGUGACCACAGACUUCCAGAAGAUCUUCCCCAUGGGAGAUAGGCUGUAUAUUGGGCUAGCUGGACUGGCCACUGAUGUUCAGACAGUAGCCCAGAGGCUUAAAUUUAGACUGAACCUGUAUGAGCUGAAGGAGGGUCGUCAGAUCAAGCCCAAGACCUUCAUGAGCAUGGUGUCCAACCUGCUGUACGAAAGGAGGUUCGGGCCAUACUACAUUGAGCCUGUAAUCGCCGGACUAGAUCCCAAAACUCUUGAGCCCUUCAUCUGCUCCCUGGAUUUGAUCGGCUGCCCCAUGGUGACAGAAGACUUUGUUGUGAGCGGUACUUGCUCAGAGCAGAUGUACGGCAUGUGUGAAUCUCUGUGGGAGCCAGACAUGGAACCAGAGAACCUGUUUGAGACCAUCUCCCAGGCCAUGUUGAAUGCAGUUGAUAGGGACGCAGUGUCUGGCAUGGGUGUCGUCGUACAUGUCAUUGAGAAAGACAAGAUCACCACACGAACCCUGAAGGCCAGGAUGGACUAGGACUUCUGUUUCUCCCAACACUUCACCAUCAUAGAUAUUUUGUAUAAAAAGAAAACGAUGCUUGUGCUCUCUCUUUUUGUUUGAUAUUGUUCACUAAAUAAACAUUUGAUUAAACAAUGAA